GUCUAGCAGUUCAGUUCUCGGAAAAAGUUUUUUCUUUUUGGGUACUCCUGAUUGCAUGUGAUUCAUCUUCAUUUACACUUCACUCUUGAUAUUUUUUUUUCUUUUGGGUUAUAAUUCAUCUACGUCCUGGUGUUCUGUCAGUUUUUAAAUUUCUUGAAAUAGCAAGUCUUUUUGGUUUUAUUAUCUAUUAAGUAACAAAACAUUCCGUAUGGUCUCAGUUGUUUCUCAUUCUUUCUUCAUUUGACAGAAUAUAGCAUAUACAGCUUUAUUCGAUUUUGUUUUCUGUUGGGUGUUUUCUAAGCAAAGUUCCAAGGAUUGUGAACUUUUUGUGCAAAAUAUUUCUGUUUAUGGAAAAGGGUUGUGCUUUUUUCAGUUUCCAUUAGUUUUAGAUAUGUUCAUUUCCACUGAAAAUGAAGUGCAGAUCUCAUUUUCUCUAGACAAUGUAAAUGAGUCCUUGAAAUCAUUCCCUAUGAGAUCAAACCUGGAUUGCGUUGAUAGGAUGGUAAUGGAAUCUGAAUUGUUGAAUUUACAGCCACCACCCACCAUUUACACUGAUGUAAAUAUAGUUCCUGAGCAAGAAAAGAAUUCGCUUAUGCAAUCCAUAUCAAAUCUAGAAGGAGAAAUUGCUCAGUUGAAACAGAAGGAGAGGUCAUUGACCAAGAAGCGUAAAGAAGCAUUGAAUAAGAUAUUAGAUAUUAAAGGCUGUAUUAGAGUAUUUUGCCGAAUUAGACCAUUUCUACUGACAGAGUGGAGAAGAAUUCAUGAACCCGUGUUAAUUGAGUCAGAAAAGGUUGUAAUCAAAUAUUUAGGAAGUAUGAAAGCAUUCAGAUUUGAUAAAGUUUUCAAUCAAGCAGCUACUCAAGGUUGGUAUCUAAUUUCACAUUUUCUUUGGGGUUCAUUUACGUCCUGGUGUUCUGUCAGUUUUUAAAUUUCUUGAAAUAGCAAGUCUUUUUGGUUUUAUUAUCUAUUAAGUAACAAAACAUUCCGUAUGGUCUCAGUUGUUUCUCAUUCUUUCUUCAUUUGACAGAAUAUAGCAUAUACAGCUUUAUUCGAUUUUGUUUUCUGUUGGGUGUUUUCUAAGCAAAGUUCCAAGGAUUGUGAACUUUUUGUGCAAAAUAUUUCUGUUUAUGGAAAAGGGUUGUGCUUUUUUCAGUUUCCAUUAGUUUUAGAUAUGUUCAUUUCCACUGAAAAUGAAGUGCAGAUCUCAUUUUCUCUAGACAAUGUAAAUGAGUCCUUGAAAUCAUUCCCUAUGAGAUCAAACCUGGAUUGCGUUGAUAGGAUGGUAAUGGAAUCUGAAUUGUUGAAUUUACAGCCACCACCCACCAUUUACACUGAUGUAAAUAUAGUUCCUGAGCAAGAAAAGAAUUCGCUUAUGCAAUCCAUAUCAAAAGCAA